GAGCAAGCCGAAAAGUCCAGCUUUUGGCCAUGGGUGGACUAGAGCUGCAGUCCGCUUAUUUUGGAUUACCCGGGGCUGAAGAUCAGCCAACAGACGUCGAUGUUGAUCCCUACAAAGCAGUUAAGGUAAAGCUUCAACAACACUUUUCACCCAAGCACCAUGAUAGCUUUGAGCGCUUUCUGUUUUGGUCCAGAAGAGAGUGAGUCCAUUGAGAAGUUUGCUUCGAGAGUGCAACAGAAGGCAGAGAAAAUUUCUUUCGGUAAAACCGAAAUGGAAAGUCGACACAUAGCCAUAAUUGAUAAAAUCAUACAAUACACCGCUGACGAUCUGCGGCAAAAAUUGUUGGAGAAGGAGAACCUCACUUUGGACGAUACAAUCAAGGUUGUGAAUGCGUAUCAAACCGUCAGAUAUCAAUCGGCGAGAAUGGCUCCCAAGAGAGUAGAACACGCUGUUAAUCAUUUGAGCACUAGCCAUUCCGGAGUAGGACGAAAUCCCAGAUGUCAACGUUGCGGUUUCAACCAACAUCGUCAAGGGGAGCGGUGUCCAGCGGUGAACAAGACCUGCCUUCGCUGUGGGCGAGUAGGACAUUUUCGCACAGUUUGUCAUUCCACCCUUGCAUCUGAUGCGGGUUCCCAUGAGCGUAAACGGAAGCCAGAUUUUCCGAAACAUGGCAUUCCUCAUCAACCUAAACGCUCAAAACGUGUCUACAAUGUAACGGAAGAUGUUGAGGUUGAAAAUUUACCUGUGUACAAUGUGGGAGACGAUGAUGAUGAGCUUAUAAAAUGCAAUGUGGGGGGAGUGGGAAUCUUUAUGCUAAUCGAUUCCGGCUCCAAAUAUAAUCUGAUUGACGACACAACUUGGGAGCUAAUGAAGAUGAGGGAUGUCAAGAUAACCAACGAGAGGAACGAUACCGACAAGCGCUUCUUAGCUUAUGGAAGGAUUCCGUUGAAGGUCUUGAUGGCGUUUGACGCAGAACUUCAAAUUGACGAUGACAACAGCUUGAAAACAACAACAUCUUUCUACGUGAUCGAAAAAGGGCAGCAACCGUUGUUAGGAAAAGUUACUGCUCAAAAGCUGGGCGUAUUGCGGAUUGGUCUUCCCACUAAGACGGCAUCAGUUCAUCUUGUUGAUCGACCGGAUAAAGCUUUUCCAAAAAUGAAAGGUAUCAAGUUGAGCAUUCCAGUAGACCAAAACGUCCCUCCGGUUAUCAAACCUCUGCGCCGUUGUCCUAUUCCUCUGUUGGAAAAAAUCAGAGGGGUGUGUACAAGACACAACCGCAUGACGUAAACUACGUAAAGCAAUUUGUUAUGAACGACAAUUGACUACUAUGCAAUUUCUUUGGAUCAAUAAUAGAAUUUGUAGUGGCUAAUGGUUUUGAAAUCGUUAAUUUUAACAAUUUAAAUUCUACAAGAUUUUGGUAGAUUCUGGGGAUUUGUGUUGGAAAUAUUUAUAACAAAGUUUGAAACAUAAGCAAAGCCUGAAGAAAUUCCUUUAUAGCUAUACACUGUACACACAAGAAGAAAGCGUACUCGCCAGAUUUGGUGACACGACCGGAUGAUAAGAUAAGCUGUUGCAUUUAGUUUAGGAGUAGUUUUCGAAAUUGAGCGGUUUUGACAUUUAUGUGACCAGCGUCACUUUGUCAGAAAAUCUACCGUUUACUUGUUCUUACAACUGCUCUCAAAAGGGCUAUUUGAACAAGAAUUUGUUGAAAAUAUUGUAUGUGUCAUCAAUGUUUUCGAAACUGACAAUCAACUAGCACAGUUUUAACAAACUUGUAUUGAAUAUCUCAUGGUUGCGACGGAGCGCUAUUCAAUUUUCACACAGCGCUUUGACACAGUGAUUGACACUUGCGUCCCGGGAUUUCGUCCUAAGAAAAUUAUUUCUUCACUCCUGUAGGACAUUUUCGUAGCCCUUAUAAGGGCUGUUUUACUAAAAGCGCGAUUCAGCGGUGUAAUUUUGUUGGCUUCUGCAAAGCUGCCCGAACUCCCGAUGAAGCCAGAAUGAAGAAAGUUUCCGCUCUUGCCGCACCAGAGAUCUGAUCCGGUGUGAACUGGUUAGCAGCCCCACUGGUACAGCGUACAGCAAUGCGAAGACGACUAGCAACAGCCGAAGACCACCGCGCCCGGCUAGCCAAAGCAUACUGAAGGGAGAAGCAAACGGAGAAACUGGCUAGCUGUCCUCCGAUGCGUUCCCCUCGAGGUGUUACGAAAGAAUGAUGGAAGAUGAGAAGAAGACAAUAACUUAUAUACUAGACGGCUGUACGGCAAAGAGGUUCAAAUUCCCCUCUCGCACGUGAUUGGUUAGAUGAAAGAGGGGUGAAAAUUAGUGAUGCCAUACAGAUUUUUGCACAAUGCUUACCAAUUGCUUUCGAAUAAUAAUUAUAUCAUUGAACUUUUGCAAAUCGAUCAGCACAAUUAUAAUGUUUAACACAUAAUUUCUAUAAAUCAUGCAAUUUUUACGGCAAAAUUGUAAAGAACAUUUAAGAAUUUUGCGAAGACCUACACACAUUGAAAUAUGGCAACACUGAGUAAUACAUUUCAUCAAGAUGAAAAUUUAUUCAUCAUCUGAGUUGAAGAAAAUGUUUUCCAAUUGCCAAACAACUAGCACAGUUUUCGCACAUUAAAUUUUGAAUUGAAUUUCUCAUUGUUGCGACAAAGCGCAGUUCAAUUUUCACACAGUGCUCAUAGUGAUUGACACUUAUGUGUCCCGGGCUUUCCUCAUGAGAGAAUUAUUUGGUUCACUCCCGUGGGACAUUUAACAAUGGCUGUUUUAAUUUACUUGCAGUAUUACUGCAAGCGCGUUUCAUGAUUAUGUUAAUUACGAUGUUGGCUUGUGCUGCCCGGACGCCCGAUGAAGAAAAUUUUAGCAGAGAUCCGAUCCGGUGUGAACCGGCUGGCGGCCCCACUGGUACCGCGCACGGCGUUGCCAUGACGACUAGCAUCAGCCAGCCGACGACCACCGCGCACGCCUAGACAAAACAUACUGAAAUUAUUCGGUUCACUCCCGUGGGACAUUUUCGUAGCCCUUUCAAGGGCUGUUUUGAUUUACUUGCAGUAUUUCUGCAAGCGCGUUCCAUAAUUUUAUUGAUUCCGAUGUUGGCUUGUGCUGCACGGACGCCCGAUGAAGCCAGAAUGAAGAAAAUGUUCGCAGAGCUGCUCCGGUCUGGUUGGCGGCCCCACUGGUACCGCGCACGGCGACGCGACGACGACCACCAGAGCAAGUGGCAACAGCCGACGACCACCACGCUCGGCUAACCAAAGCAUACUGAAGGGAGAAGCAAGCGGAGAAACUGGCUAGCAGUCCUCCGAUGCGUUCCCCUCGAGGUGUCGCGGAAGAAUGAUGGAAGAUGAGAAGAAGACAAUAACUUAUAUACCAAGCGACCAAGCCCAAAAAUGUGCUCGCACGUGAUUGGCUGAAAAAAAUUAAAACAUAGAUUCACUUUUCCGCAAUUUUCAAUAGUUUGCUGUUGAAAAUCAAUAGUUUUCUCUAUUUGACAUGAAAGGGACAUAGUUUUGCGAUUGUUUGAUGGCAAAAUUUUAAAAAUCGGUCAAUAAAUGGCUGAGUUAUUAGCGUGCAAAAUCUUUCAUAAUUUCGUGACGGUCGCAAAAUUUAGAUUUUCAUUUUACACCCGGUGCCGUGGUACAGUACCGUAUCUUCCCCAUAGACGUAGUUUACGUCAA